AUAGAAAUGCCAUUAUUACAGCUAUGAUUGAUAAUUAUGAGAGGGGAUUAUUAUUAUUAUUGUUAAUAUUAUCAUUAUUAUCAUUAUUACUUUAAUAUGAGAAUAAAUUUUGCCUUUUGUUUCAUUAUAGAUAUCUCCCAGUCAAGAGCAGAGCAGCCCAAGCAGCCACAUCUGAAAAUCUUCCCUCGCACCUAUCAAGGGGACAGAAGACGCUGCUUCUCUAAAGACUGGUACACCACACAUAAAUGGCUGGAAUACUCUCAGAGUAAAGACUCUGCUUACUGUUAUGCCUGCCGGCACUUCAGUCUCCCCUCUUCAGGUGAUUCAGUAUUUACAUCUGAAGAGGGGUUCAAACAUUGGAAAAAGGCAACCUUCAAAGAUGGGGGAUUUUUAGGUCAUGCCAAAUCUGAAGCACAUACUAAUGCAAUGUUAGCAUGGGCAGAGUAUGAAAAAUCCGCUGCAAGCACAUCCUCUCUCUCAGCCUCUUUAAAUGCGGAAUACAAUAAAUUAGUGAAGGAAAAUAGAGAGUACAUUAAAGUUGUUGGAGAAACCCUGCUUCUCACAGCUACGCAGAACAUAGCACAGAGACCACAUAAAGAAUCAGAAGGUGAGAAUAAAGGAAACUUUCUCGCUAUUAUGGGACUGCUAGCCAAACACAAUCCCACAGUCAAAAGAAAAAUGACUUGUCAAAAAAAUGCAACAUAUCUUGGGCAUGACACACAAAAUGAAAUAAUUGACUGUCUAGCUGAAAUUGUCCGCACUUCAGUAACUAGUGAAGUUUCCCAAAGUGAGGCUUUCAGCAUUUUGGUCGAUGAGACUAAAGACCUAAGCAAAAAAGAACAGUUGUCCUUUGUAAUAAGAUACUAUUACAAUGGGUCAGUAUGUGAGAGCUUCCUUGCCUUUGAGGCAGCACAGCGUCUUGAUGCUGCAGCUCUUUCACAGAAAAUAAUUCAAAUUUUGCAGAAGCAUGGUCUUGACUACAAAAACCACCUUGUAGGGCAAGCAUAUGACGGAGCCUCAGUCAUGAGCGGAAAAAACACAGGUGUGCAAGCACGCAUGAAAUCAGAGGCCCCUUUAGCUUUUUAUGUGCACUGCAAUGCGCAUUGUUUAAAUUUAGUAUUAGUCGACAGUGUGAAAUGCAUCCCUGAAGCUAAUCGCUUCUUUUCUCUUUUGCAGAAACUGUAUGUUUUUGUGUCAGGGUCAUAUGUGCACCAAAGAUGGCUUGAGGUACAGAGGGAGAUGUUUCAGGGGGCCCCAAGAGAGUUACAAAGACUGAUAGAGACACGGUGGGCAUGUAGGUAUAAUGCUUGCAAGACAGUGAGAGACAGACUGUCAGCCAUCAUACGUCUACUAAAAGAAAUAUCAGAAGAGCAAAAUGGUGACAGAGCUGUGGAGGCAAGAGGUUUAUUAGCCCAAAUAGAUUUCAAGUUUGUUAGCCUCCUUGUAACAUUCACCAGUGUUCUUGGUGAGAUAAAAUAUCUGUCAGAUAUUUUACAGUCCCCACAACUUGAUUUGGGCACAGCUGUCACACUUGUUGACUCUCUUGUUGACACAUUGGAGAGUUACAGAGAGGGCUCUCUCUUUAAUGACAUCUGGGACAAUAUUUUAACACUUACUGAGCAAUGCAACAUCAGUGCCACACCUUCAGGCCGUCAGGUCAGACCAAGCUCUUUGCUUGAAGACCAUUACUUGUUCACUCCAAUUGUUCAAAGACAAGAGAGCACAGAUAAAGAGUCCUUUCGGACAGGUUCAUUCAUUCCAGUUAUUGAUGUGCUUCUCUCUGAGGUGAAGAGAAGAUUUUCUAAAGAAAAUUGUGUCAUAAUGAAAGGGAUACAGGCCUUGAAUCCAUGCAGUACCAUAUUUUGUGAGAAAGAUGUAGUGUUUCCAUUUGCCUCACAAUACAACUGCAGUACUGAGGAUCUACAAUAUGAGAUCCCACAGCUUAAGCGUAUUCUUGAGAGGAAGCAAAGUAGUGGUCAGGAAACACCAAAGGCAUUAAUAGAGCUCACUGUUUUUUUGGAGCCUUUUAAGGAGGUCUUCCACCAAAUGUUUAAACUGUGCAAAAUAGCACUUGCACUUCCCGUGAGCACUGCAUCCUGUGAGCGCAGUUUUUCUAAGCUAAAGUUAAUCAAAACUGCCUUGAGAAGUACCAUGACAGAUGAGCGUUUAAGCAAUUUGGGUGUGCUGAGUAUAGAAUCAAGAAGGGCUAGGGCCAUUAAUCUUGAUGACUUUGUGGAUGCGUUUGCCAAAAAACAUAGCAACAGGCGAAUAAAGCUAUUCUGA